UUAGAAUUGUUAAAAUCUUUGUUGGGCACACCAUUGAAGAUGAGGUCAAAAGAUUUGGCUUUUAUCAUCAUAUUAAUCAUCUCAGGAGAAGUCUAUGCAGAAGAGAAACCCUGUGGUCUUCCUAGUGUGGAAAAUGGAAGGAUUGCCCAAUAUUACUAUUCUUUUAAAAACUAUUACUUUCCAAUGAGAAUAAAUGAAAAACUGUUGUUUUCCUGCUUGGCUGGUUAUACCACUGAAACUGGGAAACAAGAGGAGCGAAUCACAUGUACCCAAGAGGGCUGGUCUCCAGAACCACGUUGCUUCAAAAAAUGCACUAAGCCUGAGCUGAGAAAUGGUUACAUCUCUGAUGUAACAUUAAUGUACAAAAUUCAAGAGAACAUGCGUUAUGGUUGUAAUUCAGGAUAUAAAACCACUGGAGGAAAGGAUGAAGAAGUGGUUCAGUGUCUUGCUGAUGGAUGGUCUUCUCAACCUACCUGUAAGAAGGAACAUGAAACAUGUUUGGUCCCUGAAUUAUACCAUGGAAAUUAUUCCACAACGCAGAAAACAUUCAAAGUGAAGGACAAAGUACAAUAUGAAUGUGCUGCUGGCUACUAUACAGUUGGAGGAAAGAAGACCGAGGAGGUAGAAUGUCACACAUAUGGAUGGUCUCUCACACCAAAAUGUACCAAAUUAAAGUGCUCUUUAAGAUUAAUAGAAAAUGGUUAUUUUCAUCCUAUAAAGCAAACAUACGAAGAAGGAGAUGUAGUUCAGUUUUUCUGUCAUACAAAUUAUUAUCUAAGUGGAUCUGACUUAAUUCAGUGCUAUAACUUUGGUUGGUACCCAGAAUCUCCUGUAUGUGAAGGAAGAAGAAAUCGAUGUCCUCCUCCACCUCUGCCUCUAAACUCCAAAAUUCAAAGAUAUUCAACAACUUAUCGUGAUGGAGAAACAGUUCAUGUAGAAUGUGAACUUAAUUUUCAGAUACAAGGAUCAGAAGAAAUACGUUGUAAAAAUGGAAAAUGGACAGAACCUCCAAAAUGCAUUGAAGAAAAGGAGAAGACAGCCUGUGGGGACCCACCCUUCAUUGAGAAUGGUACAGCAAACCUGGACUCUACAAUUUAUUACAAUGGGGAUAAAGUGGCAUAUGAAUGUAAAAGUGGGUAUCAUCUUCAUGGAUCAACAGAAAUAACUUGUAAACGUGGAAAGUGGACACAUCCUCCUGAGUGUGUUGAAAAUAAUGAGAAUUGUAAGCCUCCACCUGAUGUAAUAAAUGGGGCUGUUGUUGAUGGAUUAUUGGCAAGCUACACAACAGGAUCCUCGGUGGAAUAUAGAUGCAAUGAAUAUUACUUACUGAGUGGAGCAAAAGUAUCUCACUGUGAACAAGGAAGAUGGUCAUCCCCACCUAUUUGCUUAGAGCCAUGUACUAUUAAUGUGGAUUACAUGUACAGAAAUAACAUAGAGAUGAAGUGGAAGUAUGAAGGAAAGGUCUUACAUGGAGAUUUAAUAGAUUUUGUAUGUAAACAAGGAUAUGACUUAUCUCCAUCAACCUCGUUGUCUGAAUUAUCUGUACAAUGCAAUAGAGGAGAAGUGAGAUAUCCUUUAUGUAUUAGAAAAGAAUCUAAAGGAAUGUGUGUAUCUCCUCCACUUAUUAAAAAUGGAGUCAUAAUUAGUCCAACAUCAGACAUCUAUGAAAAUGGUUCCUCGGUAGAAUACAAAUGUUUUGAUCACCAUUUCCUUCAAGGAUCUAGGGAGUCCUAUUGUUUAGAGGGAGUGUGGACUACGCCACCAUUGUGUUUAGAGCCUUGCACAUUAUCUUUUGUUGAAAUGGAAAAUAAUAAUUUACUCCUGAAAUGGGAUUUUGACGAUAGACCACAUAUUUUCCAUGGCGAGUAUAUUGAGUUUCUUUGUAAGAGAAAUACGUAUGUAGCUGAGUUCUCUAUUACUGGAUCUGAACUCAGAGUGCAGUGUGACAGAGGGCACUUAAAAUAUCCAAGAUGCAUUGACAGAGAAAGGAUGCUGUCUUAUCAACAAUCCUUCAGGACAUAAAAAUGUAUGGCAGAAAGAAGAAUAGUAUAUCAACACAUCAUAAAAUCCUUUAUAAAACAUAAUUUUUAGAAGAAAAAUUACAAGUCUCUAAGUUUUAACUUUUGAAGAUUUGAAUCUAAAUUGUCUGUGUUGACCCUUUUUUUAUUUAUAAAUAAGCCAGAACAUGUUGUUUCCAUUCUAAUUUGACUGAUCUGACAUGUAACCUAACCUUUAGUGCAUGCUUUCCCUCUGUUAAAAAGAUUGAUCUACGUGUCAAAGUAUUUCUGUUUCCUAAUAUCCAUUCAUUGUGUUAUAUUAUUGCCUUCAAGAUAUUUGUUUUUAUCAUAUUCAUUAACAUUAGGGUUUUCUGGUACUUUUAAUUCAAUCUUUCUGUCAAUAUUAAAGAACCAAACACUAGAGAUAAGAAACUAUACAUCAUAUUAGAGGAUUUACCUUAUUAAAUAGAGAAAAGACUGCCCUUCACACUUUCUAAAUGUAAAGAACUUCAAAAAAUUAACUGUAGUAUUAGCUUCAAGGUUAAUCAAAUUAUGAGGUGGUGAACUAUCCACAUGUUAAAAUGUUGCCCAAGGAACGUGGCUAAAAAAAGAACAACACUUUCCAUUUUUAUAUUUUACACUUUCAAGUAAUAUUUUGAAGUAACAGUUACACUUCCAUUUAAAGUAAAGUAACAGUUAUACUUCCAUUUGUUAUUAGUGUUCAUUCAUAAGCCUGUGUAAUAGCACUACCGGGGUACUAAAACCCCCUAGUGGGACUGGUUGUUGUUACUAGAAUAGCACAUUUUCUUAUCUGGAAGCUAUUCAGUUCACCUAACUCAAGAUCUUCUCAAUAUGAUGACAUUCUUUUUUUU